AUGAUAAAGUGUAGGAAAGAAUUUAAAGUUAUUGAAGCUGUUGAUGGACAAAAAAGAUCAUUGGUGAAAGGGUAUUGCUGUUGUUUUGUUCAUGUUACGAGGAGAACUGGAGGGGUGGGGGAAGGAGAGGAUGAGGAAAAGAAAGGAGAUGGUAGCUGUAAAAGGGUAGCUGAAAGCAGAGAAUGGAAGGGAAUUUGUGGGGGUAAAAGGGGAAACGGCGGGGAAGGAGGAAGAAUGGAGAUGGGAGAGGGGUUUGCUGAAUGCAGUGGGGGUGUACGAGGCGCAGCAUUUGUGAUAAUGUGGUUAGCUGUAAGGCAAAACGAGCCAGCAGCAGCAGCAGCAGCAGCAGCAGUGUCUUUGAUGCUCUCUGGUGUUAUGGUUUUCUUCGGAGUCCAAGGCGGCUUUAUUUCUUUUCCUCCGUAUCUUUGA